AUGGCAACAAAAGCAAAAGAAACUAGUGUGGCUGGGAAGGAGAAGAAGGCUCAAUCUUCAAAUUCUCCCAUGACAAGCACCAAAAAGAUCCCAACCAAGGCAUCAACAACAAGCUCUACAAACAAGGCCACCUCAAGCCCAUCAGAGAAACAAGUCCCUAACUAUCUCAAGCCCACAAUCAGCUCACUCCUUGAUUCUCACUCCUCCUUCAAGCUCCCUAGGAAUGAUGCUCCCACCAAGCCCACUCUAAAUAGAAGAAGAUCUCUUGAUCCAUCAUCAUCUUCAAGGUUACAGAAACACGCACACACACCCUCUCUUUCAAGACAAAACAAGGCCCUUGUGUCCCCUGGCCCACGUGAAAGAACCCUACAACUUCGAUCUUCGAGUGUUCCUAUUAAAACUACUAAUAACCCUUCAAAACCCAUUCCGGAGAGGCUCUCAAAGACCCCAAAGGAAGGGAGAAUACAACCACUGAGUGCCAAGAAGAGCAACAACAACGCUUCUACUUCAACUAGUAAGAAGGUAAUAAGUAACGAUGCUUCUGCUAACUCAACCAACUUUUCAAAGAGUAGUGGUACUACUGCAGAAGCUGAAGAAGCUAUAAAUGAAGAAAAGUUUGGAGAAGUGAAAAAUGUGGAGAAUCAUGAAGAAGAACCAAGUCAAGUAGUUGGCUCUGAACAUGAACAUGAUCGUGAACAACAUGGCCGAAAGCUCGAUGAGUCUGAUCAACCUCAUGUUCAGGAUGAUGAUGAGAAGGACAUUCCUACAGUGCCAGAAGAAAAAAAGGAUGAGAAUACAAACCAAGAUGAGUGCAACAUUAACGAAAUUCAUCCAGAAAUUGAUCAUUCAACAACUGAAGAAGUUGAAGCGAAAGAAGAGGAACAAGAACAAGAAAGAGAAGAAAGUGGGGUUGUAGUACAAGAAGAUCACAAAAGUGAGCCCAACAAUGAGGAAGAGGUAGUGGAAGAGAGGGAAAGAGUUGAAGAAGUAACAAGUGAAGAGGUUAAAGAGUUGAGGGAAGGACAAAAUGAAGAUGAACAAGUAGAGAGUGAAUUUAAAGAAGAAAAGGUUGAGUCACCAAAGCCAAAGCAAGUAGAAGAAGGUGGUGGGGUGCAAGAGAAGAAAGAGGCUCAGUCUCCAGUAUCCAAUGAUGUGAUCGAAGAGGAUGCAAGGAAGCAAUUGGAAGCGAGGAGGAAUAAAGUUAGAGCAUUGGCUGGUGCAUUUCAGAAUGUCAUUGACCAUCAAAAAACCAAGUGA